CAAAUCAUUUUCUCUCUCACGAUUCAAAACCAAUCCCUGUCUCUGUGGAAGCCACACUCCUCACUCUCUGAACUCCAGAACUUCCUUAUCGCUCUCCAUCCAUGGCUACGCUUACCGGAGGAGCUUCUUAUAUGUGUUUAUCCAAGGUACCACCACCAUUGCCAUUACCUUCCACUUCUUCAUUCCCCAUUUCUUUGCCAAAUCUUCCCAAAUUUCCCCGCAAUUCCUGCUUCUCUUUGCCUUCCCCUGUCACUGGAACAACAAAAGCUCGCCUCAAUCCGUCUUCUCAGGACGACGACUUCGGCGAAUCGGUGGAAAUGAAGGAGGCGAGCGAGACGCUUUUGUACUCUCUCGCGCCUUUUCCUUUACUGUUCGUUGCUGCUCUUCCUGGAGCUGGAACUGUGAGGUCUCUCUUUGGCCCUUUCGUUGAGCUUGUUAAAUCUUGGAAUCUUCCUGAUUGGCUAGUGCAUUGGGGUCAUCCAGGCAACAUGGCGGUAGUGCUCUUCGCUAUGGGUGGUUAUGGAACAUACCUAGGCUUUAGAAUCCGUUACUCUGAUGAUGUGGAGGAGAAGGCCAAAGCCAAGGACUUGCAUCCAAAGCUUCUAGGUGGAAUGUUUUUCUUUUUUGCUCUUGGAGCAACGGGUGGAAUCACUUCUCUACUUACAUCAGACAAACCUAUAUUUGAGAGUCCACAUGCUGUAACGGGGUUCAUUGGCCUCGCGCUCUUGACUGUACAAACGCUUCUGCCCUCACUUUUUGAGGAUAAUCCUGGACUGAGGAAUGUUCAUGGGAUUUUGGGUAGUGGAAUCAUGACACUAUUUCUCAUCCAUGCUGCACUUGGACUUCAACUUGGACUCGGUUACUAAACCAUAGCUUAUCCAUGUGUAGCACCAUAUAUAGGUUAUAGCUCUGAAUUUUUCAGUAUGAAAACUUCUUUCGUCACUCGACCUACGAUUGUUGGAAAGAAUGACGAAAACUUCAUAUUACUGCGUUUUCUUCAGAUAUACAUGAAAAGUGGAUAUGGCUGCAUUACUUGGAAAUAAUAAGAGCAAUGAUUUGAAGUAA